AUGGUAAAUAUUUCUUUGCUGGAAAAACUGGCAUGGAGGUUGGUUAAUGAAGAACAAGCUAUGUGCUCAGGAACCCAGCAUAAAUCACACAUUAGAAACUGCAUUGCUCCAGCUGAAAGUUGGAAAAAACCACCUGAAAAUUGGCUAAAAAUAAAUAUUGAUGCUUCAUUUUACUCUCAGAAUUCUAAUGCGGGUUUUGCUUUGAUCGUUCGUGAUCAUGCAGGGAUAUUUGUGGCAGCAAUGGCCUACUCAGCCAGGGCCAGAGAUGUGAACCAAGCUGAAUCUUUGAUACUUCUUAAAGCUCUUCAAUGGAUCAAUCUAAUGAAGUACCAGAAUGUCAUUGUAGAAGGAGAUAAUAGGUCUGUUGUUAACUGUUGUAAUGGUAGAGUUGAGGAUUUUCAAUGGGAAGAUCAGAACAUCAUCUCAGAUUGUCAGAAAAUUCUAUAG